AUGAGUGGGAGCUUGGCAGCCAUCACUGCGUCUACGCAGCUUCGACGGUGGAGUCAUGCCUUGGACUUGCUGGAAUCAUCGCGUCACUUGCGUCUGAAGCCUUCUGCAGCCUUAUAUACAGCUGCCAUCGAUGCAUGUGGUGCCGGUGGUCGCUGGGCCGCUGCAGUGAAGCUGUUCGAUGAGCUUCAGUCCAUGAUGACGCCUGAUGUUGCUUGUUUUGGCGCAGUGAUCUCGGCUUUUUCAACUGGUGCGGUGUGGGAGAGGUGUUUAUCCACACUGACCUCCAUGUCUGAGUGGAGGAUUGAUGUGAACAUCGCCUGUGCAACUGAGGCAGUGGCAGCCUCAUGCACAGGUCAAAGGAUGAAGAUCUCAACCAGAUGUAGACACGUACUGGUAUGGCUUCUGCUGGGAUGCACGGAGGCUAUCAAAGUGACGGUGACUCUGCCGGCCAAGGAGAAGAAGUGCUUCGGAGAGCAGGCUGCCAGGAUGGAGCUCUUAUUUGUCGAGCUCAGCGUUGCAGAUGGGAGCAAGGUGGGUGUUACGGUGCUAAGCCCUCAUGCCACCAUCUUCUCCGAGCAUGACAGACAACAGGUAAAGACAGCGUUCACAACGCAAGAAGCUGGCCCGCACUGGGUUUGUAUCCAAAACGAUGCGCCAUCCGCAGCGGAAGUCUUGCUAACCGUUUUGCUGGGUCCAGAAGCCAAAGACUAUUCGCAGGUUGCGAAGAAGGAGCACCUGGAAGAGUCGCAGAUUGCGCUUCGAAGAGUAGAAGAAUCCCUGCGAAACUACCAUAGCAACGUCCUUUACAUCAGAGCACGCGAGGAGCGGAUGAGGCAGACCAAUGAUUCCACCGCGUCCAGGGUCAUCUUCUUCUGCUUGUUCAACGUUUUCUUGAUGAUCGGCGUUGGUGGCUGGCAGAUGCUCUACUUCAAACGCUUCUUCCGGUUAUGGCUUCGGAAGGAAACCACUUCUUUCAUGGCGGCAUGCCCCGUAACUGCCAAAUCGCUGGCUGGCAACACGAGCCAUGUGGCACCUACAGCAAAUGAGAGAUAA